AUAAUUAAUUAUAUACCAUCAUCAACGUCAUCUUACGACUCUCACUGGAAACUAAAAUACCAAACCCUCUCCCCCUCUAAAUAAAUAAAUAUAAACAUAAACCACUCUUUUUCUCUCUCUAGGAACCAGCAGAGACCAAAGGGAACUUCGUUUUGACUUGCGUUUCAAUGAAGCUUCACUGAGAGCUCUCUCUCUCUCUCUCUCUUUCUUUUGAGGUGAGUGUUUAGUGUUUACAGCAAAUUCAGAAUGGGAUGUGCGGGAUCCUCACAAGCUAAAUCAGACGGGAACGUGAAGAAAAUCAGGAAGCCAAAACCUUGGAAGCAUCCUCAGCCUAUUACAAAGUCUCAGCUUAUGCAGAUGCGUGAUGAAUUUUGGGAUACUGCACCUCACUAUGGUGGAAGGAAAGAGAUUUGGGAUGCACUUCGAGCUGCUGCCGAUGCUGAACUAUCCCUUGCGCAAGCAAUUGUGGACAGUGCUGGUGUUAUCGUUCAAAAUGCUGAUUUGACAAUAUGCUAUGAUGAAAGAGGUGCAAAAUAUGAACUACCCAAGUACGUUUUGAGUGAGCCAACAAAUUUGAUCAGAGAAACUUAAAAACAGAGAACAGAGAUCAAUUAGCACCGUGUGCACAGGAUUGAAUGUAAAUCAUGUAUAUUAUCUCAUAUAAUGCUUUCCAAAAAGUUGGGACAUUUUAUUGCAUUUACAUUUUCAAUUGGACUUUCCUGCUCUGCUGUAGUCCUGGUUUACUUACAACAGCAUAACAAUUGUUUGAAUUUAGUGAAAAGAUGUGUUUUUUUUUUUUU